CACGUCCGGGGCGGUGGCCGGCCUUCCCCUUCCGUGGUGCAUCGGCGACCACUUCGCUAGUUUACUGCAGCGAGGGGAGUGGAUCUCUGGCGAGAACGAGACGAGCUCCGAUGGCGAGCGGAGGCGGAUACGCCUGGGCCCUCGCGGCGGGCCUCAACGCCGCGCUCGCCGCUAUAUCAGCCAAGUUCUUUGCCCCCAUGUUGCUCAAAUACGGCAUGGUGAUACUUUUCAAUGUGACAAUGUGGGGGUGCUACGUGAACAGCCUCAAAGCUUUGUCGUCCCUCCAGGCAACUGUCACCAACUUCGCCGCCAACUUCAUCUCGUCGGGUCUUGCAGGGUAUUUCCUGUUUCAGGAACCUCUGCCUUCUAAGUGGUUUGCAGGUGCCAGUUUGAUCAUUCUUGGCGUGUUCAUCCUCAGCAAAUCAAGUAUAGAGGAGAAAGUGAACUCUGAUUGAUUGAUUGGGAGUUGCUACCAGUAUGUUAGCUGGGGCAUAAAUUUUUUGAGCUUACGCCUCUAUUUCUAGUGGAUGUUUGCUCGUCCUGAUGCAAUGCUUAACAUCCGAAAAUAAUGUGUGCAUUUGGUCUCAGCUCAUCAACUAAUAUGUACACUAGUACGGUUUGAGAUCCACCACCCAAAUUGUAAUUUGUAAGUAAGAAGUGCGCACACAAUGUAGGAGUUGCUUCCUUUGGUUUGUAUUCAUGGUGAGGACGUUUCGAACUGCUCUAGCAUUGUCGGUGGAUCAUUUAUUUAUUUUUUGCAUUUCUCAUGUUGUAAUUUUGUGGCACCACAAUUAAGCUGAUCACAUACUAUUUUUAGUUUA